ACCCCACCAGGCCGACAGAAAAGCCGCCGGGUCGUCCUGUUAGGUUGCAACCUUGGUGUCCGGCAUCUCGCAGCGCGCACCAUCAUAGCGUCGGGUUGACAUGGCCCCAAUCAACAGCUUUCGUUCGGAGUGUCGCCGGCGGGUGGGCCGAACGGUUGAAAACACCUACCCUUCUUGCAAGAACUGCAGCAGGCAAUCCAAUUGGAAUGCGAACAUUCCCGGAACCCGGACUAAUCAACUCCACUACCGCCUCUCCUUGCAGAUGGACAACCUCGCAUGCAUAUACCAUGACACAAAGAAGCAAUUUGGGUAGUGUUCAGACUCACAUGGUAUGGGUUGGGCUGAAACGGUGCCAGAUGGCAUCGUGUCGCUGGACAAGAUGUCCACCAAUAUGAUGCCAUACUCGAACUCUGGUCAAUUGGGUAUCUUUGUCCGUCCUCUAUACUCGCUGUCAAGCGCCCAACACCACCACCACCUUCUCCACCACAGAUGCACUACCCCGGCAUAUGUCUCUCUCACCGCAGUCCUCAAGCCCCAACGACAUUCUAACGAGCGGGGUUUCCGGAGCCGAGUUGUUUCCUGGUCCACCCCCCAGGUGAGAUCUGUGCACUUUCGGAAUGUUCGGUACGCGCGCCAUGGCUCUGAAUCGCCAAGGAGUAUGUUCGAAGGUCUGCAACGUCUACUGGGGAUCAUUGAUCAUCGUUGCGGCGACGAUCGUGAUGAUGCCGCCGCGGCUCACGUCUUCUGGGCGCUUCAGCUCCUCUGGAAACGACAACGGGUUGAUGCAAUGGUCGCUUCAGGGGCCUUUCGGGAUUCUGCUGAAGUCUCGCUGCCGUUUGUCGAUCCCAUAGCUCCUUGGACUUUCGGCAUAUGUCGUCGAUUUGUUCCUAGGAACGAGCGUGCCGUUGUCAACUUACCGUAGAAAUGAUACUCGAAGAGGAGAGGCUCACAUCUGUCAGACAAGAGCCCGGGGUAGUGAUGAGAAAACCAUCUUCUCCCUAAGCCGGCGAGCAUGAGUAGGAAUGACUUCAAGACUGUCUCAAAGACGUGGUACCUCAAGCGUAUAUGGGCGGACCG